CCCGGACCAUGGCGACCUGCUCUUGGCUGCGGUGCUGCGGCGCCCUGCGCCUCCGCCCGCGCACCGGCUGCCGGAGGCUGGCUGCCAGCACGACUCAGCUCCGCGGCUACGCCGGGGGCCUGGCCGACCUCUCCGCCGAGCUGCUGCGCACCGACAGCUUCGUAGGCGGCCGCUGGCUCCCAGUCGCCGCCACCUUCCCGGUGCACGACCCUGCCAGCGGCGCCACUCUGGGCUCGGUGGCGGACUGCGGGGUGCCCGAGGCCCGUGCUGCGGUGCGCGCCGCCUAUGAGGCUUUCCGCAGCUGGAGGGGGGUCUCGGCCAAGGAGAGGAGUUCGUUACUUCGGGAGUGGUACAAUUUAAUGAUACAAAAUAAGGACGACCUUGCCAAGCUUAUCACAGCCGAGAGUGGCAAGCCACUGAAGGAGGCACAGGGAGAAAUCCUGUAUUCAGCCCAGUUCCUGGAAUGGUUUUCAGAAGAAGCCCGGCGCAUUUAUGGAGACAUCAUCGCUACCCCCUCCAAGGAAAGGCGGGCCCUGGUUCUCAAGCAACCCAUGGGUGUGGCCGCCAUCAUCACGCCGUGGAACUUCCCCAGCGCCAUGAUCACCCGCAAGGUUGGGGCCGCCCUGGCAGCCGGCUGCACUGUGGUGGUGAAACCUGCUGAGGACACGCCCUUCUCUGCGCUGGCCCUGGCAGAGCUUGCCAAUCGGGCGGGAAUUCCUCCCGGCGUGUACAAUGUCAUUCCCUGCUCUCGGAGCAAGGCCAAGGACGUGGGGGAAGCUCUUUGCACCGAUCCACUGGUGUCCAAAAUUUCCUUCACUGGCUCAACAGCGACAGGAAAGAUCCUCUUGGGCCAUGCAGCCCGUUCUGUGAAAAGGGUCUCCAUGGAGCUGGGUGGCCUCGCUCCCUUCAUCGUGUUCGACAGCGCCGAUGUGGAGCAGGCCGUAACAGGAGCCCUGGCCUCGAAAUUCAGGAACACUGGGCAGACUUGUGUUUGCUCAAACCGGUUCUUGGUGCAAAGGGGUAUCCAUGAUGCCUUCGUCAAAAGAUUUGUGGAGGCCAUGAAGAAAACUCUCCAUGUGGGCAACGGAUUUGAGGCGGCCACCACUCAAGGCCCACUGAUUAAUGAGAAAGCAGUUGAAAAGGUGGAAAAACAUGUGAGCGAUGCCGUUUCCAAGGGGGCCACUAUUGUGACUGGCGGAAAGCGGCACCCCCUCGGGGGAAACUUCUUCGAGCCCACCCUGCUCAGCAGCGUCACCCAGGACAUGCUCUGCUCCAAGGAGGAGACUUUUGGGCCCCUGGCACCGGUGAUCAAGUUCGAUACGGAAGAGGAGGCCAUCGCCAUUGCCAAUGCCACCGACGUGGGGCUAGCAGGUUAUUUUUAUUCUCAAGACCCAGCACAGAUCUGGAGGGUAGCAGAGCAACUGGAAGUUGGCAUGGUUGGCGUUAACGAAGGCCUCAUUUCCACUGUGGAGUGCCCUUUUGGCGGGGUGAAGCAAUCUGGCCUUGGGAGAGAGGGUUCUAAGUAUGGCAUUGACGAGUACCUAGAAGUCAAGUAUGUGUGCCAAGGAGGCUUGUAGGAGCCUUCAGUUCUUCAGGAAAUAAAAAAAAGGAAGCUUGCCCACAUAAAUGGGGACCUGUCACCUAUUGUGUUAAACAAAUUGUAGGUUGUUAGAGUUAGGAAUUUUUUUGUUUUAGAACUAACCCAGUCCCUGUAGUCUACAGCAGGUGUAAAUCCUACCCCUGCCCUUUCCAAACUGGGGACCAGUGCAAGCAGUGUGGCUGUGGUGGCAUCCUGUAGGACACUCUAAGGCCAUGCUAUGCCCCAUCUGCCUGCAGAGCAAAGCCUGAGCACAGCCAGGUCCUGCAGGCUCCACUCAUGGGUCCAGGGAGACUCCUGAGCGUGGCUGAGGGCUGAGUUGGGGGCAUGGUAAGGUUAGGGGUGGGUGUAGAUUCAGAGGUGUCACUGCAAGGGUUAAGCUUUGGUUUAGAGACCUCUGAGGCAGCACAGAGCUGCCUGGGCUUCUGAGUGAAGCAGUGCUUCACUGUGAUCCUGGAACAGUGUUUCCUCUGCAGGAUUCAUCAGCUUUAAGUGUCUGCUUUUGAUUUCCCCCAGGGGCUAGGCAUCCACCUGGAGCAGAGAACAGCAGAGGGAGUCUUGGGAUGAAGGCAGGUGCCAGAGGCCUGGGCCUGGGCCUUUCCCUAGCAGCCUUCUUGUCCCUGUGGACACACCGACUCAGCACCUGCUGCCUUGUGUGUCAGGUGGACAUCUUCCAUAGGCCUGGGUGAACCCUACAGCUGCAGUCAGCCCAGGAGACAGUGAGAAUACUUUGCAAAAAGAUAGAAACCUUGGUGUUACGAGCAGCCCCACCUAGCUUCCUCUUAAACAAUACAUCAUCAGGGGCCUUACCAAGCUGCAGGUCCACCUGCCUGACCCCAACCCUGUGCCUGCUGCAUCCAGCUUGCUCUCUACAUCCUGAGGCAGAGCUGUCCCUUCCCUAAACUCGCCACAGUAGUCUCAAAAGAGAAAAGAACUCCCAGAAUUGCCGCCCACCCUCCUAAAGGGGCAGAAGCCUUGAGUUUGGGUAUCUUUUGUCUAGACAAUCUGUACAGUUCAACAUUCAAAAACCACACAAGACACAAGACCAGCUCUGCCUCUCAGAAAACUUCCCAGAAAAGUCUAGGCUCUUCUAGACCUGUCUUCUACUUCCUGGCCACAAAAGCAGAGAGGUCAUUCCUCCUUCUGCCCCCAUCUCAGCAUGCAAGCCCCACUCUCCUUCUGGAGCAGAUGAAUCCAACUGCCCCUAAGCCCCUCUCACUUUUACAAGUCCCCUCUCCUCCAGCCAUGGGACACUGAGUCACUGAAGGCCUGCCAAGUACCGAGCACCUAGGGACAGCUUCCAGGCCUGGAACUGGCUCCCUCACAGCCCGGAUUAUACCAGCGCAUGGCCAAGGUCAAAGGAGAGAAAAGCAGAAAUCUGCCUUCUAGAGACACUGCACAGGCCCCAUCAGGAAUCCCAUACCCACAUGAAAAAAAACUUAAUUUCAAUUCUCUAUUGGUAUAAUUCUUAGAUAACUAAUUACUAAAGAUAUGGGUGUGCCCAUCUGUUUUCUAUGAAGAAUGCAGAUGUUCACACAUUAUUUUUUAGGAGUCUGACACCCAUGCUAAGCUGUGCAGAAGAUACUUUCAAACACAUUUUUAAAAAAUAAAUAAAACUUUGAAAGCCAGUUGCUCAGUGGCCAAUUUUAAAUUUCCUUGCACAUUUUGUUCUCUAAAUUGAGGACCAAAGGCUCAUGGGCCAUAGCCUUGAUCAAUUUUGUAGUUAAUUUGAAAAGGAACAAGCUUAUUGUCUAAUGAAAUGGUUCUAGAGUGUGGGAAGAAAGAGCAGUAUUUUUCAAUGGACAUGUUUUUGUUAAUGUGUCCAUUUAUGAUAGAUGAGAUUUAAAUUAUACAUAUAUAAUAUAUAUAUUAUAUAAUGUACGCACAUACAUCAUGAAAUGAAAAAGGCUCAUGAGACCAGGGGCUGACAACAUCCCACAUACAGGGCAAGUCCUGCCUGCAUCUGUUUUUGUCCACUACGAUAGCUAUGAAUUGUAUUUUCAAAUGUGUGGGGGGGAAAAGUCAGAGCAGCAUUAUAUGACACAUGAAAACGCUAUGAAAUUCUGAUCUCAGUGUCCAUAUAUAAAACAUUGUUGGGAAACAGCCACACCUUGGGUUACAUCAGCCAAUCACCAGGGUCGAAGGAGAAGGAAGCAGAAGGCCCCAGUUAGUGAGCACCCCUUUACUGGGAUUGUUAGGGGCUGUUUUAGUUAGGAUAUUGGUGUGACCAUCUUUGCAUGUAAUUUUCAUGUGACAUGGAUUGGCAGAGUUCAGCAGUGUGGCCUGCAAAGCCUAAAGUGUUUGACCCCUUGAAGGAAACAUCUGCACCCAGCCUCUGACCUAGGCCAGGCGUGAGAUUGACCUUCCCACUUCCGCUAGACAUCAUUUUAUUUUCCUAAUGCCUGUGUAGAUGCGUGACUACCAUGGGUUCUCAGUAGGAACUUCCCAGCAGUUACCAUAUAACUCAAAUGAAAAGACCAGCUAACAGGAGUCCUUUGGCCUUGAAGAAGCACUUUUCAACGUGUAGGUCCCACUAAACUAGGGCUUCUUGCUGAGCGAGCUGAGCCACAGCUGUUGCCCAGCCAUUUGAGUGGCUUUUAAGUAGAUUUUUUGGGAAGUGCUGUGUGUGUGUCUGCCUUUAUGCCUGUGGUGCGACUACUUGAAACAAGACCAAGGGCACUGUGUAAGCAAAUCCGUUUCAUUGUUGACCCAUCCUACGAACUUGAAAUUAUGCCUCAUGGCUUUUCUCUGAAGGCUGGAUCCCAGUGUUUGGCUCACCCAAGUGCAGCUAUUUUAAGUCCCCUUUGACUUGAAUCAAACAUAUGCUGUGAUUUCAGGCUGUACUUUGUGGGCUAAGACUUGGUGUAAAUGUAGCAGGAAGCGUAAGAACACUAGUUUUUAAGCAUGUGCCCAUGACUUAUUUUUCUAGUUUUUGGCAAUUGUGCAUACCCGUGUUGGCAGAUGCUUGUGUGUGUGUGUAUGUGUGUCAUUAAUAAACACUGAACAAUGUCCUGUUCAUAUGUUCGGGUAUCUGGCUGUAUCAU